ACAGAGUUGCUUUGGCACACAUGCCAGGUUUUUGACAGCCAACAAACAGGCUGGCAGACAAAAUUGUUUUUGGAGUCGGCACCGAUAAAACCUAAAAUUGUAGUUUUUAGGAAAAUUUGGACAACGCACGUCAAAAAAAAAAAAUAAGCGAAUACGGCGCAAAUAAGAACUUGGCGCACUGCUCACAUUUCUUGUUAUCUUUUAAUCACACACACACACGGCGAGUCGCAGAGGAGAAUCCAUAGAAAAUGCCGUUGCCGAGCGGUUCCUUCUCACAGCAGGGUGGUCCCACAUGCUUUGAUAAGAUGAAGACUGGCUUCACCAUUGGCUUCUGUGUGGGCAUGGCCAGCGGUGCUCUCUUUGGUGGCUUCUCAGCACUCCGAUAUGGACUGCGAGGACGCGAGCUCAUUAACAAUGUGGGCAAAGUGAUGAUACAAGGCGGGGGCACUUUUGGCACCUUCAUGGCCAUUGGCACGGGCAUACGUUGCUGAAAGUUCCCAACUUCGAUGGCAUUUUGGUUAAUGAGACUAACUAAACUAAAAUCACUACCCCAUCCCCCUCCAGAUCCAACUAAAAAUAAGUUAUCGAGUUAUGUUAAAAUGCAUAUGCUGUUAAAAUUAUGCUAUAAGUUAUUGCAAUAGACGAGUUGUUAAGCCAA